UCAAUCACACAACAAUCCACUCAAUCUCUCUCCCUCUCUGAAAUUUUGUAUAUACAAAUGUGUUUUUAGGUUCGCAAUUUGAAGAUUUGUAUAUACAGAGUAGGGAGAAAAUUGAUAGAAACAGAGAGAGGGAGAGAGAGAUUGAUGGCGGAUUCCGAGAAGCAGGCGGCGGCGGCGGCGGCGGUGGUGGUUGAGGAGGCGGAGGAGAAGGAGAGAUUGAUUGAAGGGGUGACGGUGGUGGAUUUCGAUAUGUUAUGUUCGACGGUGGCGAUGAAGACGAAUCAAGGGAAAUGGAUUAAAUUACAAGAAGAUCAUGAAGAAGAUGGUGGAGAAUUGGGGGGAGGUGUUCUUAGGAUGUGGGAAGGUGAUCUUCUUGAUUGUUUUGAUGAUCGUCGUUUGCUUCUUCAAUCAUCAUUAUGCCCAUGGUUUAGAUUUGGGGAAAACAUGAAACUAGCCGGUCUUGGUUCUUGCUUUCUUCAGGGAUUUAUUUAUACAAUUCUAUCCACGCUUGCUCUUUGCAACCUUGUAGCGUUUGCCGUCACGAAGAAGCAUUGUUUCUUGUAUAUUGGCGUUGCGUUUGUGCUCUCACUCGGAACAUAUUUGGGCUUUAACCGAUCCAAGAUGAGAAGCAAAUUCAACAUCAAGGGCAGUGAUAGUUCUUUGGAUGAUUGUGUAUCCCAUCUCAUUUGCCCCUGUUGCACCUUGGCUCAGGAGUCGAGAACGUUGAAAAUGAACAACAUUCAAGACGGGACUUGGCAUGGUCGAGGCGACACAAUGUGCAUGGGAACAUACGUCGAAGGUGUGAAAGCCUUCGAGCUAAUCCCGCCCACAAUCGUAUCAAUCGAGUCUCCAAAACCUUGUUUGCCGGCUGAAGGUUCAGAGCCUCUAGCGUCACCACGACAAUGGUAAAUCGUGUUUCUUUAGGUGGAUCGCUCCUAAAAACUUGACAUGAGAAAAGGGUUUUGUCCCCCUAAAAACUCGAAAACCGCACAACAGCAACGAGAAGCUCUUGUUGAUGUGGAUCAAGAAUGUCAUCGUUGGCCGCCAACUGUUCGAUGAAAUGCCUCAAAAAAUUUGUUUGACAUCAAUGUAUAUAGUUUGCAAGGAUAAAUAGGUAAAUUUAGUUUGAAAGUUAAUGGAAAAAGAAGCCCACACUGGUUACUUAUGCGUCU